AUGACUGAACGAGGACAUAUGCUACGAUCGUUGUCAAGAACAAAAAUUGAGAUGACAUUAGCUGGAGUGAAUACUGAGCAAGCAAGAUUAGUUCGUAUGGAUGCAGGUGAAACAGCACGACGUGAAGGACGGUGUGUUUUCGAAUGUUCAUGGGAAGUUGCUAAUAAAGUUGGUGGUAUUUAUACAGUAUUACGCAGUAAAGCACCAAUAAGUACCGAGGAAUACGGUGAUCAGUACUGUAUGUUAGGUCCAUUACGUGAUGGCAAAUGGCAAUUAGAAGUGGAACAAAUUGCGCCUGAAAGUCGUCAUAUUGCAACAGCUAUUCACAAAUUGAAAGAAGGUGGUUUCAAGACAGUUUAUGGUCGAUGGCUAAUUGAUGGUUAUCCAAAAGUAAUUUUAUUUGAUUUGGGUUCUGGAUCCAGGAAAAUGAACGACUGGAAGCAUGAACUCUACGAAAGAUGUCAAAUUGGAAUACCAUACGAGGAUAUCGAAUCAAAUGAUGCAGUAAUUCUUGGUUUUAUGAUUGCUAUGUUCCUGAAACAUUUUCUGGAUUCAUACAAAAAUUCCGGCUAUCAUAGUUUGGUUGUUGCACAUUUUCAUGAAUGGCAGGCUAGUGUUGGAUUAAUUAAUGCAAAAUUUUGGAAUUUGGAUGUUGCCUUAAUCUAUACUACGCAUGCGACAUUAUUAGGGCGACAUUUAGCAGCUGGCGGUAGUGAUCUUUACAAUAAUAUUAAUCGAUUUAAUUUAGAUGAAGAAGCUGGAAAACGAAAGAUUUAUCAUCAAUAUUGCAUGGAACGAGCAGCAUGUCAUAUGGCGCAUGUUUUUACAACUGUUAGUGAAAUAACGGGUAUUGAAGCCGAACAUUUAAUUCAUCAGAAACCGGAUAUUGUAACACCAAACGGUUUGAAUGUUGUCAAAUUUGCUGCUUUACAUGAAUUUCAGAAUUUACAUGCUAUAGCAAAAGAAAAAAUCAACAAUUUCAUUCGUGGACAUUUCCAUGGUCAUUAUGAUUUUGAUUUGGACAAAACAAUAUAUAUGUUUACUGCUGGACGUUAUGAAUUUAUUAAUAAAGGUGGUGAUAUAUUCAUUGAAUCAUUGGCUAGAUUAAAUCAUUAUCUGAAGACAACCGUUGAUCCACGUUAUCGAGAUGUUACCGUGGUAGCAUUCAUCAUUUAUCCUGCUGCGGCAAAUUCAUUCAAUGUUGAAUCACUGAAAGGACAAGCGGUAGCGAAACAAUUACACGAAACAAUUGAUAAAAUUAAAGAAAGUAUUGCUGUAAGAAUGUUUGAAUCAUGUCUUAAAGGACAUAUUCUGGAUGCAGAUGAAUUAUUGCUACCAAUGGAACGAAUUCAGUUAAAACGAUGUAUUAUGGCAACAGCAAAACAUGAACUACCACCGGUUUGUACGCAUAAUAUGUUAGAUUCAUCCGAUCAUGUACUAAAUGCUUUACGGCGAACACAACUUCUCAAUAAUCCAAGUGAUCGAGUUAAGGUUAUUUUCCAUCCAGAAUUUUUAUCAUCAGUUUCGCCGCUAAUAGGCCUUGAUUAUGAAGAAUUCGUUCGCGGUUGUCAUCUUGGUGUCUUCCCAAGUUACUAUGAACCUUGGGGCUAUACUCCGGCAGAAUGUACAGUAAUGGGUGUACCAUCUGUAUCGACAAAUCUUUCCGGUUUCGGUUGUUUCAUACAGCAGAAUGUAAUGGAUGCAUCAUCGUACGGCAUUUACGUGAUUGAUCGUCGAUUUAAAGAUUGUGAAGGUUCAAUACGUGAUUUAGCACAAGUGCUGUACGACUUUUGUGGACUUUCACGGCGUCAGCGUAUCAUAAUGCGCAAUCGUACGGAACGGCUUAGUGAACUCUUAGAUUGGAAAAAUUUGGGAGUAUUUUACAGAGAUGCACGAAGGAUGGCAUUGGAAAGAUUACAUCCAAAUUUGGAUGAAAUAAUUGAUAAUAAUAUUGGCAAAGUACCAUCGGCAUCACAAAGUCGUCGACCAAGCUUUUCGGACACCGAUGAAAAUGAUGAAUAA